ACAGAGAGGAUUAUCAUCUUCAUCUUUUCAUCCUCACAUUGGUGCACCGGCCUAUUGUUUGUCAAUUCAACAUCACAAACAAUUUCAAAGAUUCGUAUUCAAUUAAAUUAUCAAACUGGUUAGUACACGUACUACUUCCGACGAACAAGCUGAAGAAAAUUUAAAACAGUACGAACAACAACUUGAAGAUAAACGACGAGAACGUGAACAAAAACAACAAGAACGUAAUAUGGCAACUAGUUUAUCAGCGCAACUAUUAGUUAAAGGCAUUCAACCGAUAGAAAAAUUUACUGGUGCUGAUGAACAAGAUCCGUUAACAUGGCUACAAUCAAUUGAUGAAUUGUUCGACGCAACGAAAGUUGAUAAGCUUGAUCGUCGACGAUAUCUGCCGAUGUAUUUUGGUGAAGAUGUAAAAAAAUGGUAUCGUAGUGAAGAACAUAAUAGUGAAUAUGAUGAAUUUAAAAAAGAAUUUAUUAAUACGUUUACAUCAUCGAUACACAAAUUGAAAAUUUCAACGAAAUUAUUGAAUCGACGACAAGGUAACGAGGAGUCGGUGCAGGUAUAUUACUAUGAUAUUUUAGCAUUAUGUAUACGACUUAAUCCUGCAAUGCAAGAAGAAGAAAAAGUAUUAUAUCUUUUACGAGGUCUUAAACCAACUAUUCAACAACAUGUGAUCAUGACUAAUCCGAAGCAAAGUAAAGAAUUAUUCGAAUACGCCAAACGAGUAGAAGCAGCAGCAUCGAUUACACAACCAUCAUCAUCAUCAAUGACAUCUUCCUCAAUGGACGAACAUAUUGAUGAAACAACAGCAGCACUUCGUCGUACAACAAUCACGCAAAAUAACCGACAAGACACUCGUUCAUAUAAUUUAAACAAUCAUCGAACACAACAACAAUACGACAAUACAUAUAAUAAUCGUUCUUAUCAACCAUCAAGACGUUCAUCUACUCAAUUAAAAUGUUAUAACUGCCAUGGUAUUGGGCAUUAUGCAUAUCAAUGUCCUAGUCAUUUAAACUAA